AUGGAGUCUGUGUCAACCCCUGUACUAGUUGGUGGACUUGUUGAUUGUGUAGCCCAGUUAAUUAGAAUAGCUGAAGAGCUUCUACGGUUGAUUUCACAAGAACCAGUUCCUUGUGAAGAGCAAGAUGACAGAGCAGAACAGAUAGAAAGAGAUGCACCUCUUUCCGAGGAAGCUUCACUACCAGACCUUGCUGAUCUCCCAGACUUAGAAUCGAUACUUACACAAAGAGAAGAUGAAGACUUAACCUUUGAUACAGAUCAACCUAUGUUAGACGUAGAAUUAUAUGAAGAAGUACUCUCUACUAUUAACAAUGACUCAAGUAGAUAA